AUGCCACUGAACCGUGGCCAAAGGCAAACCACAAGGUGGUAUCAUCAGCUAUGCUUUGUUCCCACUAGUUCAGAUAGUUCAGAUGACUCCGACGUAGAAUCUGUAAUCAUUACACCAAGUACUACAAUUACAACUAGUAGGACAUGGCAAGAACUUUCUCCGCCGCUGCCGCUGCCGCCAUCACCACCACCACCACCACCAAAUCCUGAACCUCAAAUGGAUUGGCGCUUUCUACCACCACCGCCACCACCAGAUUUUGCACGGCCACUGUUGCUGCAACAGCAUCAGCUUGAUCUCAGUGGGGUUUGGGCUAUUCUUAACGAAGAAGUACUGCAGGAUAGGCUUCAAUCUCCCAAUAUAAGUCAUGUUUUUGAAGGUGAUAAUAGUGGAUGCUCAACGAUUGCCAUGAAUGGCCUUAGCAGGGUAAGAGUAUCAGAGACAGAUAAACUCUUUCUCUGUCCCAUUUGCAUGGAUGAGUUUAAAGUGUGUGAUCAAGCAUACCGGUUACCCUGCACCCACACCUAUUGUUCCGAAUGCAUUCUUCGUUGGCUUAACAGCAGCAAAACAUGUCCAGUUUGCAGGCUUCAAUUGAAUAAUAAUAAUAAUUUGAACUCGCAUGUUGAAUUUCUAUCAACAUCAUUGUCUUCAACACCAUCACCAUACUUUCGUUCUCCUCUGCGCCCGGAGUACCUCGUAGAAUCUUCUCUCUACCCUACAGCUGGUGUAGAGAACAGUGCAAGUGGUAACUCAGAUGAAGCUGAUUAUGAUAGUGCAUGUGAUGAGCUUGGUGAUUCUCAAGAAGAUGGUGCUUCUCAUACUGCUAAUGAUUUAUGA